AUGGAUCUUGACGCCUUCGCCGAACGCUUCACCAGCCGGCUGAAGAUGGCCUGUGUGGUCUACGACAACCGAGGACUCGGGGACAGCGACAUCGGACCAGGUCAGCCGAGACAGGAGAUUGUUCCUGACCUCCAAGUCGCCGAUAUAUCCGAUGCCAUCACCUUUGCCCAGUCUCGGAGUGAAGUCGAUCCGGAGAGGAUUGGCAUUUGGGGAAGCUCAUACAGUGGCGGGCAUGUCCUACGCGUUGGCGCUGUUGAUAGACGCGUUAAAGUAGUUCUCUCUCAGGUCCCGUGCCUGAACGGAUGGGAAAACUUCAACAGGCUUGUAAGGCCAGAUUUUGCUGAGUUCAUGGAAGGCGAGUUCCAGAAAGACCCCCUCGACCGAGCUGCUGGAAACGCCCCGGCCGCAAUCAAGGUGGUGGACGAAAACCCUUUGGCGCCCUCUGCACUCCCCACGCCUGACAGCUACGACUUCUUCCGGAAACUCUGGGCUCCCAAGUCUGCAUGGAAGAACGAAGUCACGCUUAAAUCACUGGAGCUCUUCCGUGCGCACGAUCCAUCGGCGUGGAUCCAUCGCAUCUCGCCGACGCCACUGUUGAUGACGGUCGCGGAGAACGAUGUUUUGACACCGACGGACUUAGCUCUCGAAGCCUACUCUCGGGCACGGGAACCAAAAUAG